UUGAGCUAUACUCAACAACAUACACACAUACUCUCUCCUUCCAUCUCUCUCUCUCAAACUUCCCAACUUUCUUUAGCUUUCCAGGCAGCCAAACAAAUGAACAUGGGAGAUAUACUAACUGAAGAACAAAUUGUUGAGUUCAAAGAAGCCUUCUGUCUCUUUGACAAGGACGGGGAUGGUUGCAUUACUGUGGAAGAACUGGCCACGGUGAUUCGAUCCCUGGAUCAAAAUCCCACGGAAGAAGAGCUCCAGGACAUGAUAAGUGAGGUUGACGCUGAUGGGAAUGGAACCAUUGAGUUUGCUGAGUUCCUGAACUUGAUGGCCAAGAAAAUGAAGGAAACUGAUGCAGAGGAGGAACUUAAAGAGGCUUUCAAAGUUUUUGACAAGGAUCAAAAUGGGUACAUCUCAGCUACUGAGCUGAGGCAUGUCAUGAUCAAUCUUGGUGAGAAGUUAACCGAUGAAGAGGUGGAGCAGAUGAUCAAAGAAGCUGAUUUGGACGGUGAUGGUCAGGUUAACUAUGAAGAAUUUGUCAAAAUGAUGACUACCGUUGGAUGAAAACAAAAAAGCCUCCUUCAACAUCAACGAUUUGAUUAAAGAUAUUUUAAUUAAUUUUGUAUUCAAAAUUCGUUUUUGUUUCUAUCCCCACCCCCCCUACCCCAAGAAGUAAUUCCUCUUAUUAUUUGUUGUGUACUCUCUUUGUUGUAGUAAGUCAAAUGAUGUCCAAUGACCAAAAGCUUAAUUAGAAUGACCUCACAUUUUUAACUCUUGUUAAA